GUCUCUCUCCUCCUUUACUCUCGGUCUCGGAGUGACGAUAGAGAACAGGAUAUGUGGAGUGUAGAAGGAUCCAGUACUGUCGAGCUAUGGACAGUUAGCUCGGGAAGCUUCCGGCAUGAAACCGGGCUGGUCCUGCAGACCAUUCCCUACCUUUCGGACCCCUCGACUGACCUCUAUCGCAUUGCUUUUCUCUCGUUCCAGUGCAGGAGUGGUUUUCCGUCACCCGGUGUUCCUAGUAACUUUCCUCCUGGCCCUGAUCGGAUGGUUCGUCGCCUUUAUCGGCAUGUGCGUGGCCGAAUCCGAUCUGAAUAACUUGAAUGGAGGACCUUCGAUGGGGACGCUGUGGUUCGCGAUCAUCUUCCAAUUCGCCAUCAUCGUUCAUCUCUUUAUUGCACUCGCACGGAACGCGCUGGCCUUGCAUCGAUGGCAGAUCGCAAUCGUGACCGCCGUCGUCGUCGUCUUUGCCAUCAACGGAGUAGAGAUGAUCUAUCAGGGACAAGCUAGGGAUGGUCUGAGCUCGAGCGGAGCGCUAAAGGCAGUCGGAGCUGGGUGGUUGCUCUGUGCUUUGGCCGACCUCGUUUGGAUUCUCUACCUGACAUCAGAGGAAGAUACUUUCUUCUACCACCUUCUCAACCCUACCGGUCUCGCUGGCCUUACCCCUUACUCGGCUCAUCGGUAUGGCCCUACCGGUGGGGUGUCCAACACGUAUCACGGCGCUGAGACGGGCGGAGACUAUCCUUCGAGCCGGAUGAUGAACGGUACCGGUACCGGUGGAGGCAUCUUGUCCAGCAAUGGAAACGGAAACGGAUACGCCCCGGGUGGAUACGCCCCCGCUGCUACGACCGUUAAGGUCACUUCGACGGGAAUGGGAGGUGGGAAUGGCGGGGGUGCACCGGUCGUCUUGUCUGCACCUGUUGGUGCCGAGUCUGGGAUGAUGGGCGACAUGGGCCAUGUCAUGCGUGCCAAAGCUCUAUACGCUUACACCGCCUCACCAGACGACCCUACCGAGAUCUCGUUCAACAAGGGUGAGAUCCUCGAAAUUACCGAUGCCACGGGCAAGUGGUGGCAAUGCAAGACUGCUGCAGGGAACAUGGGAAUUGCACCUUCCAACUAUUUGCAGAUCGUCUAGAGGGUGGAUGAAGACGGAUCGAUCCUCCUUCACCUUGCCGUGCCAUCCUCUCCAACCG